GGUGAGUGAAAAUGCAAUCAAUUCCAAGGAGCCAAGUCCACACACGCACUCCCUAAACAGGGGUACGUGACAGCAGCAGAAACGUGCCUGCAGGGACGUUGCUUUGGGGGGCGGGGGGGCUCACGCGCCACUCUGCCCCAUCACCCGGCGCGCGCCCUCCAGCUCGAGCCGCCCUCCGGCACGAGCCCACCUCCCAAUCGCUCUUCAAUUUUUAAAUAUAAAAACCCACCCUCCUCCGCACACAAAGUAUCGAAAUGAGAAUCAUUAUCGUCUGAUUAUUCUUUACCCCGGCUCUCGUUGGUCGCAUAUUAACCCGUGCACCGUAUUAACGCCGUCAGUUCAGGCGGGUGGAGAAAGGGGGAACCAACCGCCAGAGUCUUUCUGGCAGAAGCGAAACAUCUGCCACGGCGACCGUUAGCGCCGGCCGCGGCCGUUUGUUUUUUUAAAAAAAUAUUUUGGAAGGCGGUGGGGGUGAUACCUCCUGAGGUCCAUCGGAGAAGAUGUGAGCAGAGAAAUGCGCAGGAGGAGAGUAGCAGCGUCGGGGGUUGGUGCGGCUGUCAUUGUUCAUCUCUGAAAAGAGAAGGACCGAGAACGAGAGGUUUUCGUAAAUAAAUAAUAAAAAAUAAAGGGUGGGUGCACAAGUGACCAGAGGGCUAUUCCAAAUGCUAUUUGGACGGAAUGGCGAGCUGAAAUAUACACCCUUUUGGUGGGAGUGAGUGAGUGUGUGUGUGUGCCCGAAGAUUUUGAUUUGCUUCUGUUUGUUUUCGGCUGGAAGCUUCUUUGCCCAGUCGCCUGCCCGAAGGACUCGGAUUCGGAUUCGGCACGACCAUGAUGUGCGAGGUGAUGCCCACGAUCAGUGAGGACACCCUCAGCCAGAGGGGCUCCCAGAGCAGCUCGGAGGACUCCAAUUUCGAGCAGUUGAUGGUCAACAUGCUGGAUGAGCGCGACCGGUUACUUGACACCCUCCGGGAGACCCAGGAGAGCUUAGUGCUAGCGCAAGGCAAACUUCAGGAUGUCAUCUACGACAGGGACUCUCUGCAGCGCCAACUUAACUCCGCAUUACCCCAGGAAUUUGCUGCACUUACAAAGGAAUUAAACACUUGUAGAGAACAACUGCUGGAAAAAGAAGAGGAAAUUUCUGAACUUAAAGCUGAGAGGAACAAUACACGACUGUUAUUGGAACAUUUGGAAUGCCUUGUGUCAAGACAUGAACGAUCACUGAGAAUGACAGUGGUGAAACGGCAAGCUCAGUCCCCUUCAGGGGUUUCCAGUGAAGUUGAGGUUUUGAAAGCAUUAAAGUCACUUUUUGAGCACCAUAAGGCUUUAGAUGAGAAGGUGAGGGAACGCCUACGAAUUGCUCUGGAGAGGGUUUCCACACUGGAAGAGGAAUUGGCAGCUGCUAACCAGGAGAUAGCAAUACAGCAAGAGCAAACAGUCCAUGCCCAGAAGAAUGAAGAAUUAAUCGAAUCGGAACCUACUGAGGGAGUAGAGCAAAGUCAAAAGAUGCACGGAAAGCCUCUUUCUAAUGGUUCUAUUGACACUAAUAAUAAAAUGAAUGAAGUUGUGGAACUACAAGAAUUACUGGACAAGCAGAAUUAUGAGAUGACACAAGUAAAAGAGCGACUAUCAACAUUGUCUGGUCAGUUAGCUGAAGUGGAACAAGAUCUAGAAACAGCCAGAAAAGACCUGAUUAAGUCAGAAGAAAUGAGUACUAAGUACCAGAGAGAUAUCAGAGAGGUAAUCGCACAGAAAGAGGAUAUGGAAGAAAGGAUAACUACUUUGGAAAAGCGGUACCUCAAUGUGCAGAGAGAAUCAACUUCAUUACAUGACAUAAAUGACAAACUUGAAAAUGAAUUGGCAAAUAAAGAUGCAUUCUUACGCCAGCUCGAAGAUAAAAAUAGACAGUUGCAGGAACGUCUGGAACAUGCUGAACAGAAGCUACAGCAAACAAUGAAGAGAGCAGAAACAUUACCAGAGGUAGAAGCUGAACUUGCCCAGAGAAUUGCAGCUCUGACAAAGGCUGAAGAGAGGCAUGGCAGUAUAGAAGAACGUUUGAGGCACUUAGAGACUCAGCUUGAAGAAAAGAAUCAGGAACUUCAGAGAGCCCAUCAAAGAGAGAAAAUGAAUGAAGAGCACAAUAAGAGACUGUCUGACACAGUGGACAGAUUGCUCACAGAGUCAAAUGAGCGACUUCAACUGCAUCUAAAAGAGCGAAUGGCUGCAUUAGAAGACAAGAACAUGUUGAUUCAAGAAUCUGAACUACUAAGGAAACAACUAGAGGAGUCGCUUCAUGAUAAGGAACGAUUAGCAGAAGAAGUUGAAAAAUUUCAUUCUGAGGUUCAACAAAUGAAAAUGCAAUCUGUUGCUUUGUUGGAACCAUCCAUGUCCAGGCAACGUUUGGAUACUUCACCUGAUAUGCGAUAUUCCAUGGGGUCAUUGAUAGAUAGUCAGUCUGACCAUUAUAGGUCUUCCAAAGUGCGAAGACGAUCACAGAAGGGGCGUAUAGCAGGACACAGAGAAGAACCAAAGAUACAAACAAUCGGCGACAAAGAAUGGAGCAGAACUCAACAUAUUAGCAUGCUGAGCAGCCAACAAUUUGAGAGUGACACUGAAAUGUCAGACAUUGACGACGAUGACAGAGAAACCAUAUUUAGUUCCAUGGAUCUGCUUUCACCUAGUGGGCACUCUGAUGCUCAGACUCUUGCGAUGAUGUUGCAAGAACAACUUGAUGCUAUUAACAAUGAAAUAAGGUUAAUUCAGGAGGAAAAAGAAUCAACUGAACUUCGUGCUGAGGAAAUUGAGAAUCGAGUGGGUAGUGUUAGCCUUGAAGGUCUAAAUUUGGCCAGAAUGCAUCCAGUGAGAUCUAUUACAGGUUCUGUCACUGCUUCAUCAUUAGCCAGCUCCUCUCCUCCAAUCAGUGGACAUUCAACACCCAAAUUCAGAGCACGUAGCCCUGCUCGAGACAUUGAUCGUAUGGGUGUCAUGACAUUGCCUAGUGACCUAAGGAAGCAUCGGAGAAAGAUUGCAGCUGUGCAGGAAGAAGGUCGUGAAGAUAAAGCCACAAUAAAAUGUGAAACAUCACCACCAUCAACACCAAGAGCAGUAAGAAUGACACACACCCUGCCUUCCUACCAUGAUGAAGUACGUAGUUUUUCAGCAUCAAUAGAAGCAGAAAUGGGCAACUAUAGCAGUACAAGUAGUCAAGACUCACUUCAUAAAUCACAAAAGAAGAAAGGAAUCAAAUCUUCUAUUGGCCGUUUAUUUGGCAAAAGAGAGAAAGGACGGUUAGCACAUCUUAACAAAGACCAUUUGGCCUCGGUUCAAGGCAUUUUUGACACAGAGAUUGGUAACCCAGAUCCCCUUGGGCUGGGAAAACUCGGAACUCAAGCUGAAAAAGAUAGAAGAUUGAAGAAAAAGCAUGAUUUGUUAGAGGAAGCUCGGAGAAAAGGUUUGCCAUUUGCACAAUGGGAUGGACCGACAGUUGUCGCAUGGCUUGAGCUGUGGCUUGGAAUGCCUGCAUGGUAUGUUGCCGCUUGCCGUGCAAAUGUGAAGAGUGGUGCCAUCAUGUCUGCACUGUCUGACACUGAGAUCCAAAGAGAAAUUGGAAUCAGUAAUCCUCUUCAUCGCUUAAAACUCAGACUGGCAAUCCAAGAGAUGGUGUCACUAACAAGCCCAUCAGCCCCUCCAACAUCGAGAACACCCUCAGGAAAUGUCUGGGUGACCCAUGAGGAAAUGGAAAACUUGACAUCUGCUACAAGAAUGGAGUCUGAAGAAGGCAGUUGGGCUCAGACAUUGGCUUAUGGUGACAUGAAUCAUGAAUGGAUUGGUAAUGAAUGGCUUCCUAGCCUAGGAUUACCACAGUAUCGUAGCUACUUCAUGGAGUGCCUGGUAGAUGCUAGAAUGCUGGAUCAUUUGACAAAGAAGGAUCUUCGUAUUCAUUUAAAAAUGGUUGAUAGCUUUCAUCGGACAAGUCUACAGUAUGGUAUUAUGUGCUUGAAACGUUUGAACUAUGAUCGAAAAGAAUUGGAGAAGAGAAGAGAAUUAAGCCAACAUGAGAUUAAAGAUGCAAUAGUGUGGAGCAAUGACCGUGUCAUCAGGUGGAUACUGUCCAUUGGCCUUCGAGACUAUGCAAACAACCUGAUGGAAAGUGGUGUUCAUGGAGCACUCCUAGCCUUGGAUGAAAACUUUGAUUAUAGCAGUUUGGCUUUAAUACUUCAAAUUCCCACUCAAAACACACAGGCAAGACAGGUACUUGAAAGAGAGUAUAAUAACCUUCUUGCACUUGGAACAGAGCGGGCUCUUGAUGAUGACGAUGAGAAAAACUUUCAACGAAGGCCGUCCUGGAGAAAACAGUUCCCUCCCCGUGAAGUUCAUGGAAUCAGCAUGAUGCCUGGAUCUUCUGAAACACUUCCUGCAGGUUUCAGAUUAACAACCACAUCCACAAAAAGAUCAUCUGAUGUCGGCACAUCAGGAAUGCAAAGGAUAGACAAUUCCACCAUUCGGACUUAUUCUUGCUGACAGCCAGAGAAGUUGAAACAGCAUUAUUUUGAGUAUAUUCCUGAUGCCUGUAUGGAAAAACAUAAAUUGCCUUUGAAGACUGAUAUAAUCAACAGCAAUUUGCCAGUGGAUGAAUU